AGGCUUGUCUUUUUUUCGUUUCAAUUCCGGGAAACUAAAAGGCUUAUCUACUUGGAAAUAAUAGCUGAAAUAUAUAUAUAAAUAUAUUCGAUACAUAUAUUACAAAGCUUCAAUUUCAGGCGUAAGCCCAUCUCAUUUGUUAAGAAUCUCAUCUCUCUCCCGCUUCUCUCUCUAUCCUUUUUCUUUUGGGAUAAAGACUCUUCUUCUCUUCUCUCCUUUGGUAGUGAAGAUGGAUAUGUACAAAGAUGAUAGCUCCCCAUACUGUUAUUUCCAUCCAAAGGAAGAAUAUGUUGGAGUGUGUCCCCUCUGUUUGAACGAGAGGCUUCUGGUUUUAGCUUCAAAGCAGAGAUCAUCAAGAACCAAACACUCUUCCUCUUCACCAAUCAUCAGUCUCCCUAAGAUCUUCGCCUUGAGCUCUCUCCUCAGUCGCCUCGAUCUCCGUCACCACCGGAAAUUCCAUCCCUCCUCCGAUCUUGACGUCUCCACAAGCCAAGAAGAUUCUUUUAUAUCGAUUAAAUUCGAAGACGAUGGAAACGCAUCGUGGGAGAAGAAAACAGUGUCAAAGGUUUGUGUCGACAACACAAACACAACACUUAAGCAGCAGCAAUCCCCUAUAACGAGCACUACGAGUAUCGUAGAGCACAAUAGCGCCAAAUCAUCGCUUAGGUGGCGUAAACGUAUUGGUCAUCUCUUCCACGUCAUCAAACUCAGAUCAGGAUCGUCCACCUCUUCUUGCCACGUGGCAUCAUCCAAGGUUGAGGGAGCCAAAGUGAGGAAACAUGGUUGGAUGGUGAGGACCUUAACCAGAAGAAAAUCCAGGAAAAGUAAAAGUUGAUUUUUUUUUCAGAUAAAUGUUUAUUUACACACUUUAAACAAAAUAUUUUUUCUACUAUUUUUUUUUUUUUGGUUUGGUCGUUUCUACAAUGAUUAAUGCUUCUGUUUAAAGAAGAAGUAUGUGGAGGUUUUUUUUUGUAAGUAAUGAAAUACAUGGAUUCAAAAUCGAUCGAUUGAAACAUCCAUAAAUAAAUCUUUGUCAAAAAAAA